UGGAGGCAACGCGGCCGGAAGCAGGUCGCGUUUCCAAGAUGGCGACUCCCUAUGUUACUGAUGAAACCGGAAAAUACAUCGCUUCCACACAGCGUCCAGAUGGUACUUGGAGGAAGCAAAGGAGGGUGAAAGAAGGCUAUGUCCCCCAAGAAGAGGUGCCAGUAUAUGAGAAUAAAUACGUAAAAUUCUUCAAAAGUAAACCAGAACUACCUCCGGGCCUAAAUCCAGAGGUCAACACCCCUAUGGCCAAGCAAGCCGUUAAAGGAUCGGAGGGCGGUGAGACGGGACUCUCCAAAACAACAAAGAGGAACCUAAAACGCAAGGAGAAGAGGAAGCAACAGCAGGAGAAAGGAGACCGAGAUACAGAUGACCUCAUCCAGUCCCUAGAGAAAGCCACCUUGUCGACAAUGGCAGGCAGUGGAGACAGCAAGCUGGCAGUGCAGGCUGGCACUGUGAGGCCCCCAGCAAGCAGCAGUGAUGCCUCGUCUGUGGCCGCCGCCUUGGAGAAGAACAAGAAAGUCAAAAAUCUGAAAAAGAAACUACGGCAGGUGGAGGAGCUGCAGGCACGGAUUGACUCUGGGGAGAUCAAGCAGCCGACCAAAGAGCAGUUGGACAAGCUGGCUCGGAGGAAAACUUUGGAAGAGGAACUGGAGGACCUGGAAUUGGAUUUGUAAGGGGUUGGAAUGGCGACUGGACAUAGCGCGCAUAGGAACAAACCGUCCCCAGGGGAACAUGUUCUGAGAACUGUGCAGCACACAGACCAGAAGAUGCAGUCUUCAGGCUCCUCCUUUGUACCUUUUGUUUUAUUUUAUGUUGGAUGCUGUCUGAAUUUUUAAAAGUAUUUCUCCCAGCUGUUGAUGUGUUAGAUACUCAAGGACUACUUUGCCACCCUCCUAAAUCCCUUUCUCUUCCCCCUCCCUACAUUGGGGUGAGUAGCUGGCUGGGAGCAUCACAGCAUAAGGUGCGGGGGGGGGGUCGGGCUGGCUUUCAGAGGCACCAGAGUGGGUGGAGUGUCCCAUGUCUUCUCCCUGAUCCUGUGUAAGUUUUUUGACACCUUCAUAUUCUCUGUAGUGGCCUCCACUCUUCCCCCUCCUCUUCUUCUCCCUCCUCCUCCUC